CCUACUUCAUUCUAGGGCCGAGACCGGAGGAUGUUCCCUGCUCAGGAGGAGGCCGACAGGACCGUGUUUGUGGGGAAUUUAGAGGCCCGAGUUCGGGAAGAGAUUCUGUACGAGCUGUUCCUUCAGGCGGGGCCACUAACUAAAGUGACUAUAUGCAAAGACAGAGAAGGAAAGCCGAAGUCUUUUGGAUUUGUCUGCUUUAAACACCCAGAAUCGGUGUCUUAUGCCAUAGCUUUGCUGAAUGGAAUUCGUUUAUAUGGAAGACCAAUUAACGUGCAGUAUCGAUUUGGGAGUUCUCACUCUUCUGAACCAACUAACCAAAAUUUUGAGAGCUGUGUUAAGAUAAAUUCAUACAGCUACAGGAAUGAAGAAAUGGUGGUGGGCAGAUCUUCCUUUCCCAUGCAGUGUUUACCAAUUCAUAAUACUUCUUUACCUCAAGAAUAUUUUCCCUUUCAGAAGAUGCAGUGGCAUGCAUAUAAUCCAGUGCUGCAGCUUCCUUACUAUGAGAUGACAGCUCCACUUCCUAAUAGUGCAUCCGUGUCUUCCUCACUGAAUCAUGUUCCAGAUCUUGAGGCUGGACCCGGCUCAUAUAAAUGGACUCACCAACAACCAAGUGACUCUGACCUUUAUCAGAUGACAGCUCCACUUCCUGGUAGUGCAUCCGUGUCUUCCUCACUGAAUCACGUUCCAGAUCUUGAGGCUGGACCCACCUCAUAUAAAUGGACGCACCAACAACCAAGUGAUUCUGACUUCUAUCAGAUGAAUAAACGAAAGAGGCAAAAGCAAACAAGCGAUAGUGAUAGUAGCACAGACAACAACAGAGGCAACGAAUGUAGCCAAAAGUUCCGAAAGUCUAAGAAGAAGAAAAGAUACUAGUAUUACCUACAAAUGAAACUUACCUAUACUGAUCUUAGUUCUCUUAUGAAAAAAAUAAGAUGUUAUUCCAUCAAAUAACCAAUGUCAUGGCUAUCUUGUCUUUUGAAAUAUAUAGUAAUAAGACUUAUCUCUGGUUGCUGUUCAAUUUUUGCCUUGAAUGACAAAAGCUUUCUAAAAAUAAUAUAAUGUACCACUUUUUGUAUUUGUCAUUAUAUUUUUGACCCAUUGGUAAUAAAUAGACUAUUGUCAUUUUAUUAGUACCAAUGAUGACAUUUCACCAAACUAUUAAUCAAAAGUCACUUAUUGAACACAUUGAUAAAGCACCAUGCUCCCUUUGAUUAUCCCCUGUAACCAACACUCAACUACAAAUAGGCUGGGAUUCAAUGUGGAGUGGUGGAUUUCCUGAAAGAAAGUCAUGCAUAUAUUUAAGGAUUGCAUAUUGUUUCUAAUGAGGAUGUAAUAAACAGACAUUAGUACCCCUUUCUUUUAGUAUCUAAAGAUGUUGUUUCUGAGCCAUACUCUUCUUCAGGUUUAUUUUAUAAAGUGAGGACAUAUGAUAAUGAUACCAAAGGAAAGAUAAUUCUCAUGAAACCAACUUUUGGAUCAUUCCCUUUUUAUACAAUUGCGUAUUUAUAGGGAUACCUGCCUCUUCUCAUGUAUUAAUUGUAUGUCAUUAAAAUAAGUUGGCUAUGUCAGUGUGUAUUAUUCACCUCUUUUGCUAGCAAGUUUUGAGAUGAUAUAUUAACAUAUAUAAAUCAUGAAAAUGAGCAAGUAAAUAGAAUAAUAUUUUAUUAAUGUAUGAUAUGUAAUGCUUAUUGUCUAAAUCAAGUUUCCUAUUUUUGGUUUAUUUAUUUUAAAAGAAAAAUAAAAUGUGUUGUUUAUUUGGGCAUUUCUGUUUAUAGCUCAUUACAAACUAGAGUGAUGAAAAUAUGUAUUUACUAAAGCUAAUUGAAAGAGUCAUGCAACUCAGUUGGGAAUUAACCACCCAAUUCAAUAGUAAAAGCCAUGCUUGGAUGUUUCUUUUGCAUGUUGCCUAGCAUUUUACAGAUAUUUAUUAUUUUUAAAAAAAGGAUAUGUUUUUAAUGAA